AUAUUAGUAAAUUGCAAGCGCCAACCAACCGCCACAAUGCCCUCCCCUCCCUCUCCCUUUCAUCAUUUUCCCCCAUUUUCAAUCUCCCUCCCAUUUUCUUCCCCACCCUCAAUUUUUCCACUCCCCCAUCCUUCUUCUUCUUCCACCCUCCCUCUGCUUCUUUCAAUUCGAAGGGUUUUCUUCAGUUCCACUGGGUUUGUGUUCAAUUUUUGGAAUGUGAAUUGGGUUUUUGUGAUUGUGGCUUGUGGGUUGAAACUGGGCAGGAUUUCGUUCUUUGCUUGUGAUGGUGUUUGGGAGCUAAUAGCAAGAUGCCCAUGAGGAGAAAUCGUGCGUAUGUUUUUCUGCUGUCGUUUUGCUGCUCCAUGCUCCUUGCUGCUGCUGCAACCACAGAGCCAUCAGAUGUUAAAGCAUUGCUAGCAGUAAAGGGGAGUCUAAUUGAUUCUAUGGGCCGUCUUAAGAAUUGGAAUAUGGGAGAUCCUUGCACAAGUAAUUGGACUGGAGUAGUAUGCGACUAUUCCGAUGGAGCGGUCGGGAACUUACGUGUCAAAGAACUCCAGCUAUUGAAUAUGAACCUAUCUGGAAACUUGGCCCCUGAGAUUGGCCAAUUGUCGGGACUCGAGAAGUUAGAUUUCAUGUGGAAUAACCUAACUGGUUCAAUUCCAAAGGAGAUUGGCAGUAUUAGGUCGCUGAAACUCUUACUCUUAAAUGGAAAUAAACUAUCUGGUCCUCUUCCAGAUGAGCUUGGUAAUCUUACAAACCUCAACAGAUUUCAAAUAGAUGAGAAUCAAAUUUCAGGGCAUAUACCAAAAUCAUUUGCUAACUUGAUCAGCGUGAAGCACUUCCACUUCAAUAACAACUCACUUAGUGGUCAAAUUCCAUCUGAGCUUUCCAAAUUACAAAAUCUUCUUCAUUUGCUUUUAGAUAACAAUAACUUGGCAGGUUCUCUGCCACCAGAACUUCCAACUUUGCAAACUCUACGCAUUCUGCAACUUGAUAACAACAACUUCGAAGGUGAAAUUCCAGCAUCUUAUGAAAACUUUUCUACAUUGGUGAAAUUAAGUCUUAGGAAUUGCAGCUUGGGAGGACCGAUUCCUGAUUUUAGCAAGAUUCCAAAUCUCAGUUACUUGGAUCUUAGCUGGAAUCAUUUUACUGGACCGAUACCGCCAUAUAACCUCUCUUCUGAAAUGACAACAAUAAUUCUGUCGCAUAACCAGCUGAAUGGAUCCAUACCCAGCAGUUUCUCCGAUCUUCCUGUCCUCCAGAAACUGUCACUUGAGAACAACUCUCUGAAUGGUUCUGUACCUUCUUCACUAUGGGAGAAAAUGUCCUUCAAUUCAAGUGCUCGACUUACACUUGAUCUUCAGAACAACGCGUUUUCGAACAUUUCUGGAAGCACAAACCCUCCAGCUAAUGUCACCCUAAGGCUUGAAGGAAAUCCAAUCUGCAAAAAUUUAAGUGGAAAAAAGUCUAACCAGUUCUGUGCAUCUAAAAUUGUAGAGGAUGGGAUGCAUAGAGGAUUAGGCAAUGAAACAUGUCCAGUUAAAGGUUGCCCAACAGAUAGUUUUUUUGAAUAUGUGCCAGAUUCUCCUUCAUGCUUUUGUGCAUCACCCCUUGGGAUCGGAUAUAGGCUGAAGAGUCCAAGUUUUUCUUACCUUCCCCCAUACGUAUUUUCAUUUCAAGCAUAUCUGACAAGGGAAAUCAGUUUGGAUAAGCAUCAAUUGUUGAUCGAUUCAUACGAUUGGGAAGGAUCUCGCCUGAGGAUGUAUCUGAAGAUUUUUCCAUCAUUUGAUAGCGGUACUCAUAUGUUGAAUGGAAGUGAGGUGAUUCGAAUUACAGAAAAGUUUAUGUCAUGGAAUUUUUCUCGAGAAGACUUCUUUGGCCCAUACGAGCUUCUCAACUUCACGCUCCCUGGCCCUUUUCAGACUGUCAUUUUCCAGAAACAGAAGACAGGCAUUGGUGCGGGCAUCUUGGCAGCCAUUAUAGUUGGGUCCAUUGCCUGUGUUCUCUUAAUCGUAGCGGUAACCAUACUUCUGUUCAUUAGGCGAUCCAGUUACCGUCACAACUCAUCAAGGAAAAACUUCUCUUCUAAGAUUGGUCUCAAAAUUGAUGGUGUAAAAGCAUUUUCUUUCAAGGAAAUGCAAUCAGCUACUGGAAGUUUUAACCGCUCAACUCAAGUUGGCCAAGGAGGUUAUGGCAAAGUCUAUAAAGGCAUAUUGUCAGAUAAUUCAGUUGUAGCCAUCAAGCGUGCAGAAGAAGGAUCCUUACAAGGCCAAAAGGAAUUUUUGACAGAGAUACAACUCUUAUCGAGAUUACAUCACCGAAACUUAGUUUCCCUAAUCGGAUAUUGCGACGAAGAAGGGGAGCAGAUGCUGGUUUACGAGUUUAUGCCGAAUGGAACUUUGCGGGACUGGCUUUCUGGUUUUGGACUUUCUGCCAAAACUACAGCUACAGUAAACCUGAACUUUCUUAUGAGACUACAAAUUGCACUGGGUUCAGCAAAAGGCAUACUGUAUCUCCAUACUGAAGCAAAUCCUCCUAUAUAUCACCGCGACAUCAAAGCUAGAAACAUACUCCUUGAUGCCAAGCUCACUGCCAAAGUGGCUGAUUUUGGAUUGUCGCGUCUUGCUCCUGAUCUCGAUUACGAAGGGGCUGUUCCUGGACAUAUAUCUACUGUUGUGAAGGGUACCCCGGGUUAUCUUGAUCCAGAGUACUUUUUAACCCAUAAAUUGACAGACAAGAGUGAUGUUUAUAGCCUUGGAGUGGUGUUUUUGGAGCUCUUGACGGGCAUGCACCCUAUUUCACACGGCAAAAACAUCGUUCGUGAGGUAAAAUUGGCACAUCAACUGGGAACAGUUCUUUCCAUUGUAGACACUAGGUUGGGUUCUUUUGCACCGGAGUGUUUAGAGAGGUUUGUCGCUUUGGCUCUCAGUUGUUGCCACGACAAGCCAGAAGAGCGGCCAUCAAUGCGGGUCGUGGUGAGGGAGCUAGAGAACAUACUAAACAUGAUGCCUGAUGAUGGCAGCACCUCGUAUUCGGACUUAUCCCCAAAAUCAAGCACCAGAGUUCCGUCCUCACCAACAUCAUCAUCCUGCAUCACCCAUGAACAGUUUGCAUCGGGAAGCAUUUCGGGAAGCGAUCUCGUCAGCGGCAUCGUGCCAACCAUCAGACCUCGCUGAUAUUUGGUUUCGCUUCUGCUUAAACAUCAUGGUGUGUGCCUGCUUGAUGCUUGGUUGUAACUUGUAACUAAACUAUGUUCUUGCAAAUUCCCCAUAUGUUUAGCUAAUGUUUCUGAUAACAAAGUAGGAUGGAUGAAAAUUGGACUCUUCAAACUAUGAAGAGAUUUACUUCUUACUUCAACUCAGUAUAUAAUAUAUACACAAAUUUUUUUUUU